AUGGCCACCCGAAUCGCCAGCAGCAUUUCAAACUCCUUCGUUAACGGCUACGGUCCAUCCGACAUAGCUAGCACAGGCAUCUUUACCGCCUUCGCUGCACUAGCCUGGUACAACGUCAUCGAGCUCAUUAUCCUCUGCUUCUUCUCCUUCAAACGCUGGAACGGCACCUACUUCUGGAGCCUACUCAUCUCCUCCGUCUGCAUCAUACCAUACUGCCUCGGCUUCGUCCUUCUCUUCUUCCGGACCGGCGUCACUCCCUUUCUAUGUGUGACCCUCAUCAUAAUAGGCUGGUACGGCAUGGUCACCGGCCAGUCGGUCGUUUUGUGGUCGCGGCUGCAUCUAGUGCUGCAGAAUCGGAAGCUGCUGCGCGGUGUGCUGUGGAUGAUCUGUAUUGACGCUUUCAUUUUCCAUGUCCCGACCACGGUCUUUUUGUACGGGACUGUUGCUCAACCGACCAGUCACUGGGCCCGCGCGUACGAUGUCAUGGAGCGCGUUCAGCUCGUCGGUUUCUGCGUGCAGGAAUUAGUUAUAUCCAGCAUCUACGUCUGGGAGACGGUUAAGUUGCUUCAUCUCAGGCCCGAAGGUCGUCCUCAUGGAAUUCUUAACCAGUUGCUGGUUAUCAAUAUCCUUAUCCUUGUGUUGGAUGUAUCGGUCGUCGUCAUCGAAUAUGUCGGCUACUAUGCCGUGCAGGUCAUGUUCAAGCCUGUCGCUUAUAGUAUUAAGUUGAAGCUUGAAUAUGCUAUCCUUGGUAAGCUGAUCGCGAUUGCGCGCGGUGGCUCCUCCGACAGUCAGCAAAUACACUCUAGCGCGCGGGAGAUCAACGAGACUAGCUCGGUUCCGUCGGAUGGAGAUCGGGUUCCGAAUCCGGUGUGGCCGAUGCGGGAUCGUCUCCAGUUCAGUCCGCCGUGGCUUUGGGAAGGGAGGAGCUCCGGCUAUUCUACAUCUACUUCAUCUGGUGUUCUGCCGAAUCCAUGGUAA